AUGAGACUUUUGGCAACUCUACUGGCCGUCCUGGCUACCCUUCAACUUUGCUCCGCAUGGGUUCUCGAAGUCAACGGCAAAGAACUGAGAGCCGGUUCUCCCAUCAGCGAAACGUUUAGCAGCCGACAGGCCGAAAAUGGUUGCCACGAUAUUGCUAGCACCAUCACGAAGAAAGGUGUGAACGAUUUCCGCUUCUGCACCAUUCAGAUGUUUGGUUGCCAGAUCUCCUUCUACUCGGAAGCUCUUUGCGCGGGGGCAAACCUGGGCCACAGCGGCGGUCGUGGUUAUAGCUGGAGAAAGAACCCCGUCAGCCCGGCUGGGUCAAAGAUGGGCAGCUUCCGUAUCACUGGAUGCCAUAGUCUCGGUGGCGAGUGGGGAACAUGGGACACCUUCAGGACCAAGGAGUGCUAA